UCGAACGCGGGGAGUUCCAGUUAUCACUGCGCAACAUCGAAAGUUAUUUAAAAAUUCCUCCAUUAAUAACUUACGGAUUUUGGGACUUGUGUGGACGGGCGAGGAGAGCAGGGGGGAAGGAAAGCGUCCCCCGGAGCAGACAGAAGAGCCAGGACUCCCCCGGGGACGAGGAAAUAAGGCAGGGACGAGGAGGCCAGACGAACCAAAGCCGUAACUUCCUUUAGUCUUUAUGAUUCAUCGGAGGAGAAGAUCAUAACAACACGUAUUUGGGCUUUUUAUCAGUGGGGGGGAUUCCAAAGCGCACCAUGGCCAGAGAGUACGACCACCUCUUCAAACUGCUCAUCAUAGGAGACUCAGGGGUAGGGAAGAGCUCUCUACUGCUCCGGUUUGCAGACAACACAUUCACAGGCAACUACAUCACAACAAUUGGUGUUGACUUCAAGAUCCGCACGCUAGAAGUGGCCGGGGAGAGAGUCAAAUUGCAGAUAUGGGACACAGCCGGACAAGAGCGGUUCAGAACAAUCACAUCAACGUACUACCGUGGCACACAUGGUGUUAUAGUUGUCUACGAUGUAACCAAUGGGGAAAGUUUUGCAAAUGUUAAACGCUGGCUUCAUGAAAUAGAACAGAAUUGUGAAGUAGUCAACAGAAUAUUAGUUGGGAAUAAAAAUGACUGUCCAGACAGGAAGGUAGUACUCUAUGAAGAUGCAAAGCGGUUUGCAGAUCAGAUGAAUAUUAAUCUCUUUGAAACUAGUGCAAAGGAUAAUAUUAAUGUUGAAGAGAUGUUCACAGUUAUGACCAAGAUGGUUUUACAAACCAAGAAGGAGCAAAAAGAUCGACAGAGCGCCACCAGUGAUCCUGUACGCCUUCAUAACCCAAAGAAAGGAAAAGGCAAACAGAAAUGUUGCUAGCAGGCAUUUGAUCAUCACAUAUCGGAACCAAGAUUGUGCUGUGAUGUGCAGCACUUACAGUGUGUGUUUGGACAUUUGUUGGUUUUCUUUAUGUAUAAGUAGUGAAUGAGAGGAGAUUUUUGUAGAUAUAAGAGUAUUACUAUGUGUAUGUAUGCUGUGAGUGUGUAUUGCCAGAGAAAUAUAUGAAAGACUUAUUAUUACAAAUGUUCCUUCUUUCUCCACAUCUUUUAAUUUAUUUUCAAGUGAUUUUUUUAAGAGGACGCCCAUUGCAAGAUCCUGUUUUUGUUUUAUUAAUCUUAAUUUAAUGGCAUAUAAAUAUCAUCUGAAUUUGUCCUUUGAUACAUGAGUGCUAAUUUGAUCAUAUAUCAUAGAUGCAGUACUACAGUAUAUUUCAGUGUUUAAGAAAAACAUUUAUAAGGGAAUGAUUGAUAGCUGCCAGUUAGGUACAUGGAUAUUUUGCAAUAUAGGUCUGGGCUGUAUAAAAACAAAUAAGAUUUUAUUGGUAACUAUAAAGAUGAUUAACUGUAACUGAAGUUCAACCCUUCAGUAAAGAUUUAUUAGUUUUACAGUACCAGAGAUUUCUUUGAUGUCAAAAUUUCUGCCUAAUGGUCAUAGUGUACAAAACUUUUCUUCAUGUUUUGGUCAUGGCAAACAUUUUCACGAAAUAGAGGAACUGACGUGCAAGCCUUUCUUAUUAUAAGAUAUGGCAAACCUUGUAAUAUGCAGAUUAUGAUAUUAUUAUUUUUUUGGGGGGAACAUAUAUAUAUAUAAUUGUUAAAAAAAAAAAAAUAGAAACAAAUGUGGUAACUGACAAUAUGUGCACAAUGUAUAUUGAAUAUUUGAGAUAUUUUGACGGGAAUAUAUCCAUAUUUUUUUGUAAUAUUAGGUAGAACAAACUUUGCAUGGAUUCUAAGGGUGUUAAAUACUCUGCUAAUAAGAUGUGAAAAAAAUACUUGUAUAGCUAAGGCAGUGAAAUGCCAUAUUUUGAUAAUAAAUGAUUGCCUAUGCACAA